AUGCCCCUGCCGCCCGCCGCCCGGCGCCGCGGGCGCCUGCUCGCGGCCGCGCUCGUGGUCGCGCUCGCGGGCAGCGCGAGCGGCGCGGGGCCGGCGGCGCAGGAGGCAGCGGAGGAGAGGGUCCUGUCGGGCACGCUGCUGCGCAGCGCGAUGGCGGAGGAGCAGGGCGUGCCCCAGGCGCUGCGGAAGGCGCAGGCGAACACAGAGAUGGAGUGGGACCACCUGGACAUCCAGGUCGACAACCUCGACACGUCCGGCCUGAGCGAGGACGACGCGAGAUCCGCCUCCAGCCUCGUCGCCUCUGCCAUUCAGAAGGUGUGCGGCGACGACCUGGAGGUGUUCAGCCUGACGCCGGAGGCGGACCAGGUGACGUUCAGCAGCCCGAAGGUAUGCUCCUGGUCGCCCUCCCACUGGGAGCCGUCCAUAGGCACCUCCAUAAUGACCAUCAUUCUCAUCCCAGAGCGGACAGCCUCCAUCGUGAAGAUGGCGAUUCAGUCCGAUCAGUUCCAGAACGAGCUGGAGAGCGUGUUCUCUCAGCUUGCGAACACCAAGAUGGGCCCGUUGCAAGUGAACGACAUUGCGCUCCUCCCCGUGUCGCCCUCGGACGACAACUGCAACGACGGCGCCAUGCCGUCCGAGCCGCCCCCGCCGUCGCGCAACGUGAGCGGAGGCGGCAAAGGCACUUCCCUGAGAGCGUCAUCUGCUUCACAGGGAGGUGGAGUUCAAGAUGAUGUCUACGAGGCAGAUGACGUUGGCGAGGAGCAGUUCCGCCGCGUGGAGAUGGCGUGCUCGGAGAUCAGCACCCACCCGAGGUACGGGUCGCCCCGCUACGCGCCCGAGGGCGAGGCCGCGGGCCAGGUCGUGUGCUGCUCGGCGAACGGCACGAGCAUCCGCAGCGUCGAGGGGAAGUGCAUCUCGGAGGGGGGCGGGUUCCUCAAGACGUACAGCGAGGCCGUCCAGACGUGCCGGAACUACGGCUUCAGGCUCUGCCGCAGCGCCGAGGAGCUGGACCGCAGCUGCGGCAAGGGCUGCUCCCUGGGUGGCACACUUGUGUGGACCUCCGAGCAGUACAAGGGCCAGGUCCAGGAAUUCGACAAUUUCGUGAAGGGCCACGCAUGGACAGGGUGGCUCGACUAUGCGAAGGACUGGCGCGUCGACGUCGCCAGCCUCCUGGGGCUCCUCCUCGUGUUCGUCCUCGUCUUCUGCCUCUUCCGGUGCUUCUGCGCCGACCAAGGGAGCCGCGAGCUGCUAGGCCAGGACGCGGGCGACUACUCCACCAGCGGGCCAUCGUACCUGAACUUGUGGCGCAUGACGGUGAAGCGUCGACCUGCUGGGUACACCGGAGACGAGGAUUGA